CAAAGCAGGGAAGAUAUACGAUGUCUUUGCCAUAGGUUAGUCUGUUAAGGCACGGAUUUACAUUUUACCCUAAAUAUGGAAGGGUGAUGCACGUGGAUAUGAGGUCAUGUCGCUGAGUACCCAGAGCCUAUUGACUUCUGACUUUUAGCUUAUUUUGCGAACACUGGCCGUUUGAUACUUGUGGUUGAAAGAGGAAAAGAGGAAUUCUUGUGAUUGUAUUAGCAUUUCUAAAGGGUUCCACAGAAUUCAGCACUUGAAGACCUAAAAAAUAUUUUGUAUGGCUCAAUAGAAUGAAUAAAAGAUGAAGGAAGAUGGUUUGAUCCUUAAAACCCACCAAGAAAUAAAUAAUCUGACUGUAAAAAGAAGGGGCAGAGUAAUGGAAGGAUUGCCCCCUCCAACAUCUUCAAUUGUUGCAGUAGCUAUAACAGGAAGUCGGAAAAGCAAGCAUAAAGUCAAAUGGGCACUAGAGAAAUUUGUUCCAGAAGGGGAGGUUUGCUUCAAAUUGCUACAUGUUCGACCCCUGAUAACUAGAAUUCCUACACCUAUGGGAAAUUAUAUUCCUAUUUCCCAAGUUCGAGAUGAUGUGGCGGCUGCAUUUAGAAAGGAAAUCGAAUGGCAAUCAACUGAAAAGCUUCUUCCUUACAAGAUGAUGUGUAUUGAAAAAAAGGUGCAAGUGGAAAUUAUACAAAUUGAGUCAGAUGAUGUGGUAACUGCAAUAUCACUGGAAAUAUCAAGAUGCAAGAUCAAUAAGCUUGUUAUAGGAGCUUCUUCUCGCAGUAUAUUCUCUAGGGCACAAACAAUAUCGUCAAAAGUAUCAGAAUGCUGUCCGAGUUUUUGCACAGUCUAUGCUGUUUCAAAAGGAAAAUUAUCAUCAUUGCGCCCAUCAGAUUCAGAAACAAACAGAAGCAUUACAGAUGACAGUAGCGACCUAAGUUGCUCUUCAAAUAAUUCUGCAAGCCGUACUUCAAGCUCGCAAACAGAGUGGACAGACAACGGCUCAAUCGGGUCGCAUGCUCAUUUUCGCUCAGCUUCACUCCCAGUGCAGCAGUUUCAAGCUCUUUCAACCAUAAACCAGAACCUGCUUCAUAAAAGAAUGCCUUCAAGUGGAAUCACGCAUCCAAAAAAUUUGUAUCCUCAUGUUGAAGAUGAGGAUGAUGGCUCAAGCUCUUGUUCCGGUGGUGCUGAUGUUAAUGACACGAUUAGUGUGGCUUCUAGUUUUAAAAGCUUUGUUACAGAUAAGCCUUCAUUGAAUCAAGGUUCCAACUUUGAUGUUCCUACAGAAACUUCCAGGAAACAGGAAAAUGUCGAUUUUGAGCUAGAAAAAUUGAGAACUGAACUCAGACAUAUUAGAGGAAUGUAUGCGAUGGCCCAAAGUGAGGCGAUUGAUGCUUCAAGGAAGCUAAAUGAUCUUCAGAAGCGACGUUUGGAGGAAGGAAUUAAGUUGAAACAGAUAAGCUUUAAGGAGGAGGAAGCCAAAGAGUUAGCCAGAUGGGAGAGAGAGAAAUAUGAAGCUGCAAAGAGAGAAGCUGAUUAUGUGAAGGAAUGUGCUGAAAGAGAAGCCGCAGCAAGGAAAGAAGCAGAGAUUAGAGCUUCACGUGAAGUCAAAGAAAAGGAAAAGCUCGAAAAUGCCUUGACUGGCUCUUUGCAUCAGUACCAGAAAUUCACAUGGGAGGAAAUUAUAUCUGCUACCUCAUCGUUUUCUGAGAACCUUAAAAUUGGAAUGGGAGCAUAUGGGACGGUCUAUAAAUGCAGUUUUCUUCAUACAACUGCUGCUGCAAAAGUUCUCCAUUCUAAAGAAGCUAGUAGAACUAAGCAAUUUCAGCAGGAGCUUGAAAUAUUAAGCAAAAUGCGUCAUCCACACUUGCUGAUUCUUCUGGGUGCAUGUCCUGAACAUGGUUGCCUAGUAUACGAGUUCAUGGAAAAUGGGAGCCUGGAGGACAGGCUUCUGAGGAAAAAUAACACCCCUCCACUUUCAUGGUUCCAGAGGUAUAGAAUUGGAUGGGAAGUAGCUUCGGCCCUUGUCUUCCUGCACAACUCAAAGCCAAAACCAAUAAUCCAUCGUGAUCUAAAACCAGCAAACAUAUUGCUUGAUCGGAACAAUGUGAGUAAAAUUGGCGAUAUUGGCCUUUCCACGGUGCUUCACUCAGACUCUUCUUCUGCCACUUACAAGGACACCGCUUUGGUGGGAACACUUUGCUAUAUCGAUCCUGAGUACCAAAGGACAGGAUCAGUGUCUCUCAAGUCUGAUGUUUAUGCUUUUGGGAUGGUUAUUUUGCAAUUACUGACAGCAAAACCUGCAAUAGCCCUCGCUCAUCUGGUAGAAAUUGCGAUGGAUGAAGAUCGUUUAACGGAGGUACUUGAUCCAGAAGCUGGUGAAUGGCCAAUUGAAGAAACUAAGGAUUUGGCUCAUAUGGCAUUAAGAUGCACUGAACUUCGACGAAGGGAUAGGCCUGAUUUGCAAGAUGAAGUUCUCCCUCUUUUGGAGAAGUUGAAAGAAGUGUCUGACCGCGCUCGAGAUAUGGCAUUAGCAGCUAAACCGCCCCCGCCUAACCAUUUCAUAUGCCCUAUUCUCAAGGAAGUAAUGAGCGACCCUUGUGUUGCUGCAGACGGGUAUUCUUAUGACCGGAGGGCAAUAGAGGCAUGGCUCGAAGAGAAUGGAAAAUCGCCAACGACAAACUUUCCAUUGCCUCAUAAUAACCUAAUACCAAAUUACACCCUUCUUUCUGCCAUUAUGGAAUGGAAGUCUGGGAAAGAUUGACAUCACUCUAUCCAUUAUCAAUUUGCCAGAGUCUCUUGUAUAUGCAGUUUUUAGAAAGUUAGGUUCUUUUACAAACUUGUGAGUCAUACAGAAGUAGAAUUGUAGUAAAACAUCUAGCUUUAUAAGGUUUAGUCUCAUUCAUUGCAGUUGCCAAUAUUCAUUGUCAUCUGAAAUUGUAUUUCACUGUAACUCAUAAAUUUUCUGUCGUGGGAGUGAUUAGAGUUUGCUUUGU